AUGCCUGAACUUUAUGCAGAAAUUGGUUAUUGUUAUAACUAUACAUUAUUUACGACAGACGGCAGGACUUACCUGAGUCUUCCAGCGGUGGUGGCCGACUACGAAGACUACUUCGCUCCAGAAGCAGUGAUGGGCGUGGAGGGCGGGGAGGGCGAGGGUGGGUGGCGGGCGGCGGCCUGCACCCUACAGGCCAACACCACCACCCCGCCCUUCCCCGUCACGCUGCCCAAUUUCACAGCUUCUUCCAGCGACAAGAACAUCUUCUUUCUGGAGACAAUGUGUUCGUCGGCCCUUAAUGCUAAGAUGACUACGCUAGAGUUAGCAGUAGUUUUACAAGUCUCUGUCUCAACAGACUGGCCUGGAAUCAAUUUGUCGGAUGCGCUACGUCUUGGUGUGGUGUGCUCUGUGGGAGGUAUUUACCUUGACUUGGACGUGUGGACAAUGGCACCCUUGCCUUCCGGCGAGUCAUGGGUUGGAAGUGAACGCUUGGACUACCUCACCAAUAGUGCCUUCAAACUCCCUAAGGAUCACUGGGUGUGUGAAGAGGCCAUCAGGGAGCUGACGGAACACUUUCGGGGCAAUGUUUGGGCCUAUAACGGUCCAGGAGUCUUCCAGAGGGUGGUGAGGAAGGCUUGCAACAUCCAGAACAUUGCUGACAUUCACAACUGCAAGGAUCUCGUAAUAUUGGCUCCCUCCACCUUCUACCCGAUCUACUGGAGUCACUGGGAAGAGUUCUUCGUAUCUGGUGGUGGCAGUUCUAAGACUUGGCCUCAAAAUACUGUUGCAAUCCACCUUUGGAACAAGCUCAGUAAGGGGGCACCCCUGCACCCUGGAGAUGGCUCGAUCGUUGACAAAACCUCACAGAAGAACUGCCCAAAAAUAUUCAACACCGUCACACAGAUCAAGAAGUUCAGAGAUAACUUGCAAACAAGAAAGAUGCACAAUAUAUCUUCAAAACACAAUCAUGUAGCAUGAGAAAAGCAACCUUCUCCAGUUAUUAUGUUUAUAGCACAAAGUUACUAAGAGAAUGCUGUGUCCACAAUACCAGAGUAUAAAAUAUACUUGUUCAAUAAAAUAUGCUUGUUCAAACCCAAAGCUGUGCAGAUGUUGCAACUUGCAGCUGUUGUUUGGGCAAUGAAAUAGAGACUU